AUGUGCGCAGGUAACUACUACGGCACGCCCAAGCCCCCCGCAGAGCCCAGCCCCGUGCAGCCGGACCUGGUGGACCAGGUGCUGUUUGACGAGGAGUUUGACACUGAGGUACAGAGGAAACGCACCACCUCCGUCAGCAAGAUGGACCGAAAGGACAGUGCAGCACCGGAGGAAGAGGACGAAGAGGAGCGCCCCCCUCUGGUCAAUGGGCUAACAGAGCACCCAGAGAAGGCUGAGUGGAGGAAGACGGUGCCCAGCUACACGCAGUCUGCAGCAGCUAUGGAGCUCCGGGGCUGGAACCACGAGGACGAAAACCAGGAACCACUUCCCAAGAAUUGGGAGAUGGCCUACACCGAGACCGGCAUGGUCUAUUUCAUAGAUCACAACACUAAGACCACCACAUGGCUGGACCCACGGCUCACCAGGAAGGCCAAGCCCCCCGAGAAGUGUGAAGAAGGAGAGCUGCCCUACGGCUGGGAGAGAAUCGAAGACCCUCAGUAUGGAACCUACUACGUCGACCAUAUAAACCAGAAGACUCAGUUUGAAAACCCGGUGAUGGAGGCUAAGAGGAGGACCAGCGGUGACACGCCUACAGGGAUGGUGUCUCCAGCAGCUGCACCACCAGAAGAGCCAGCUCCUCGCGUUGUGGGACCCCGGGGCUUCACGAGGGACCCUUCUCAGCUCCAUGGCUCCAUGCUGCACACGUCUCUGAGGAAAAGUACCCUGGGCUUCGGCUUUACCAUCAUUGGAGGAGAUCGGCCUGAUGAGUUUCUCCAAGUCAAGAACGUACUGCCAGAUGGGCCUGCAGCGCACGACAAAAAGAUUGCGUCAGGGGAUGUGAUCGUGGACAUCAAUGGCAUGUGUGUUUUGGGGAAGACUCAUGCAGAUGUGGUGCAGAUGUUCCAGUCCAUCCCCAUAAACCAGUAUGUGGACAUGGUUCUGUGCCGGGGGUACCCUCUGCCAGAAGACAACAGCAACAAUGAGGAGUCCUCAGGACAGGUGACCUCCAAGGACACCUCUCCCUCGCCCAGCUCCACGCCCCAGGACCCUGGCUACAGCAACAUUGAUGGAGGAACUCUGUCCAGACAGUCUGCUCCCAUGACCAAUGGAGGGCGCCAUCACCACCACCACUCCCACCACCACACCCCUCCUCACAGCGACGGGCCUGACCCCACACUGUUGCAGCCGGAGCUGGUCAGCGUGCCGCUAGUCAAAGGCCCCGGAGGCUUCGGCUUUGCCAUCGCAGACUGUCCCCUGGGGCAGAAGGUCAAGAUGAUCCUAGACGCACAGUGGUGCCGUGGGCUGUUGAAGGGAGACGUCAUUAAGGAGAUAAACCGACAGAAUGUCCAGACGCUCAGCCACUCACAGGUGGUGGACAUCCUCAAAGACCUCCCCGUGGGCAGUGAGGUGCAUGUGCUGGUGCUCCGAGGGGGUCAGACCUCUCCAGUCAAGUCUCUUAAACCGAUCACUGCUCCAAUGUCCCAGUCGACGUCACAAUCGUCGCUCCCACAGUCAAACCACUCUGGCCCCCACAGCACCUCUCACUCCUCCCCCCACCCCACAGUGCUGCCGGUGGCUCAGCCCAUUCAGCAGGUGCAGAACAUGCAGAGGCAGGAGAUGAUGAACAGCAAUGAGAAUAUAAACCACACAGAGGUCCCCCCCAACCCCAUCCAGCUCCCAGUGAACAACAACAUGCAGUCGGCCUCUCCCAAACCAGACGCCUCCGAGCUCUACCUCAAGUCCAGAGCUCUACUGGACAGCAAACCGCUGAAUACAAAGGACUUGGACGUGUUCAUCAAAAGGAACCAGGAGUCGGGUUUUGGCUUCAGAGUGCUCGGAGGGGAGGGCCCUGAGCAGCCGGUUUACAUCGGGGCCAUUGUCCCCCUGGGCGCGGCAGAGAAGGACGGGCGCCUCAGAGCGGGAGAUGAGCUGCUGUGCAUAGACGGGGUCCCGGUCAAAGGAAAGUCCCACAAACAGGUUCUGGAACUUAUGACCAACGCUGCGCGGAACGGACAAGUCAUGCUGACCGUGCGCAGGAAGCUGGCCAAUACAGAUGGAGCCGCGGAGGAGGACCCUGGAGCUCCACAGACCCAGCGCGUGGCUUCUGCUCUGGUCAACAGUUCUCCGGUCAUCCCUCGUGUGGAUGUGUCCAACACCGUGUCUCAGUCUGGACGUCCCGAGAGCUUCGAGGUCACCUUGACCCGGCGAGAGCACGAGGGCUUUGGCUUUGUCAUCCUCACCUCCAAGAACAAGCCGCCCCCUGGAGUGAUUCCUCAUAAAAUCGGGCGCAUCAUUGAGGGCAGCCCCACUGACCGUCUGGGGCAGAUGAAAGUGGGGGAUCGUAUCUCUGCGGUGAACGGUCAGUCCAUCAUCGACCUUUCCCACAACGAGAUCGUGCAGUUCAUUAAGGAGGCGGGAAACUCUGUCACUCUCACGGUGGUCCCUGAGGAUGAAAGCACUCCUCGGUCUGGGACAAACUCGGCCAAACACAGUCCUUCAUCUCAGCACCGAGCCGUGGGACAGCAGCCUCCCAGCCACAUCGACAGAAAUAGUGACUCCGAACUCAACAACCUCUCAAGAGACACUGGGCAGAUGAUCAUGACCGGCCCCAAACAGGGCUGUUUCGUGGUGGAGCUGGAGCGCAGUCACAGAGGCUUCGGCUUCAGUCUCAGAGGAGGAAAAGAGUACAACAUGGGUCUGUUCAUCCUCAGACUGGCAGAGGACGGACCUGCGCUGAAAGACGGCCGCAUACAUGUUGGAGAUCAGAUAGUGGAGAUAAACGGGGAGCCCACACAGGGCAUCACUCACACCAGAGCCAUCGAGCUGAUCCAAGCCGGAGGCACCAAGGUCCUACUGCUCAUGAGACCGGGCCAGGGCCUGGUCCCGGACCAGAGUCCCAAGGACAAAGUAACCACUCAAACCUCAAGCUUCCCCAGACUCUCAGCUUCAGAUGUGCCGUCCUCUCCGGCCUCUCCAUCCUUCGCCGAACUUUCCCCAAAUUCCAAAACGUCUGACGAUAUCUCCACAACCCGAUCUCGACACAACCACACCGGCCCAAACUCCCCUAACAAAAAAGCUGCUUACCCCAAACCGGCAAGCCCGCAAAAGCAUGCAGAAAGCAAGUUUGAGUUCACCGACCGCUCUCACAGCCCCAGAAAAACUGAAAAACCUAGCGGGUCUCUGGAGGACGUGACCGCGGAGAGGAGAGGGCAGAAGGAGCGCCGUUCGUCCAGUCCGAAAAAGACGUCCAAGAGCGAAAACACGCCUCAAAGUCCAAGGCGCCCGGGAGGCCAGCAGCCGUACAGACCCCCCACAGAGGAGUGGAAGCAAGACCAAGAAUCUACCGACAAAACAAGGGGUCCAAACGAUCGCCGCAAGAUCAAAAAUGUGGAUCACGAUGCGCACAAGUCCAGGGAGCGUGUGGCGUCGGAGGGGGACGGCGGGACACUUGAGCGGAGAGCAAAGAGAGAUUACAACAAGGAGGCCAGGAAUUAUCAUGAAGAAACCGGUCGCAGAGAACCUAGAGGGUCAAGUAGUAGCGUCCAAGAUCCAGGCUUGACCAACGGGGUCGCUAGCACUGCUAAUACUGCUUCUGCGACUAGUGCGGCUAAGAAAGCGCAGAUCACCCCCGGCCCCUGGAAAGUCCCGAGCACGGCAAAAAUCCAGUCCCAAAUGGAUGUGUCCUAUGAGGGAGUCUAA